UGCAUCACAGCCAAGGAUAUAAUUUGAAACUGAAGCUCAGCAGCGUCGACACAAAGAAGGAUUCUAGCCUGUCAAUUUCACACCCAGGUGUGGUCCGACGCGUUAUCAAAGAUUUCGCUUGCGACGCUUAUGAGGACAAGCCAGACUGUACUGUCCCAGAGGAGAAUCGCUGGAGCCCAGCGCUUCCCGGCGUUAACAGCGUCGACGCAAAUAACUUUGUAAAAUGUCACUAGCAAAUUGAUAAACCCGCAUUCAAGACACAGGCUUCUCAGACCGAAGUACCAUGUAAAUGUCGCGGUGCAGGUACAGAAUAUGUAGCUAUUGUAAAGUAUGCAAUACAUUUAUUUAUUUAUGUUAACAGGUUAUAAACGCACCCCAUUUAAAAUAAUAAAAAUAAUAAUAAUUAAAAAAAAAAAAAAUUAAAGUUUUCCCGCACUUCGGUGCUAAUUAGACUGACCCCAAUUAGCGUCCUCGGGUGUUUUUUCGUGCCAGCUGCCGUGUAAGGAACACGCGUUUGCCAGGCUCUGAUACAACGUCUGCAUUAAUUCAGUUAUCUCGAAGACAAUGACGUCAAACACCAGCAAAAUGGAGAAGCCUCUUUCUCUGAUAUGGGGGUGCGAAUUGAAUGACAAAAGCAAGACGGCUACCUUUGUAUCAGAUGAUACGAAAUAUCAACACCAACUGGCUUUGAGGACGAUCUGCUUGGGCGCAGAAGCCAAAGAGGAGUUCAAUGUGGUCGAAAUCGUGCCUGGCGAGGGAGAGGGUGCUGAUGCGAAGCCGGUCCCGCUUGCCACAUUGAAGAGUUCAGUCAUGCCAACGGUGACUAUAUCCGGAAUUGAACUCCCCUCCCGGGUUACUUUUAGGCUUAAAGCUGGUUCUGGCCCGGUCUAUAUCAGUGGACAACAUAUAUUGGAGGAAGACUUAUCCUUUGACGAAGAGGAUGGUGAAGAGGAGGAGGAGGAUGAUGAAGACAUGGAUGAGGAAAUUGAGGAAAGUCCUCCCAAACCAGUAAAGAGGGCAGCCUCCAGUAAAAAAUCUGCACCAACCAAGAGAAAGAAGACUGACGAGGAGGAUGAUGAGGAGGAAGAACUGGCUUCAGAGGAGGAAAGCCCACCUAAAAAGGGCAAAGGAAGAGGAAGGAAACCAGCUGCCAAGAAGUAGUUGCAGUGUCUUUCAGGUACUGAAAAAUUGCGUGGAAGAUGACCAGGAACAUAACCUGUUCUGUAAAUUAUUCUACAAUGAGGGCCCCCUCCCUGCCGACUUUUUGUAUGUUUCGAUUAUUUUCUACAGUCUUUCUAUCCAGUAAUUCUAACUCCAUUUAAUAUUGUUAUACAACUCUUGCUGUGCAUGUUUUCCAUGUGUUAAGCUGUUAACCAAAAAAAAGAAGAGUAAUAAAAAUAUAAUCUUGUU